AUGGCGGAUGGCCCCAGGUGCCAGCGCAGAAAACAGGCCAUGCCGAGGAGAAAUAACGUGAGGAGUUUCUCCAACGUCUCAGAAGCAGCGUCAGAUUCCGACGAUGAAGAUAAACUCCACAUCGUGGAGGAGGACAGUAUUUCAGACACUCCGGACGAAAAGCCGACAGUAUUACAGCUCAGCGCCGCACAGAAGCUACACAACGGGCAUACGCAAGAUGAUGGCAACCUGGGGCCAGACGCUUUGGUGCAGGAAAUAAGGGUCAAAGAGGAAUGUAUAACUGAUGAAGAGGAUGAGGAAGGCCAGGCAAACGAGACACCACAGGAGAAAGAACAAAGCACGCCAGAGGGAAGAGGCCAUGACGAGAACGGCACACCCGACGACUUCUCCAAGCUCCACACGUGUCCGUACUGUUCCCGUGGUUACAAGCGUCACACGUCACUAAAGGAGCACAUCAAACUACGGCACGAGAAGAGCGGCGACGACUUCAGCUGCUCCCUCUGCAGCUACACCUUCAGCUACCGAACGCAGCUCGACCGGCACAUAACGGCUCACAAAAACGGACGCGAGCAGCAGGCCGUGUCACAAUCAGGAGCAAACAGGAAGUUUAAGUGCACCGAGUGUUCCAAAGCCUUUAAAUACAAACAUCACCUGAAGGAGCACCUGCGCAUUCAUAGCGGCGAGAAACCGUACGAGUGUUCCAACUGUAAGAAGCGCUUCUCCCACUCCGGCUCCUACAGCUCUCACAUCAGCAAUAAGAAGUGUGUAGCAACUCCUCCCAACUCCACCAGUAACGGCUUGUCCCGCAUCCCCGGAGUCAAAGCGGCGCUCACCUCGACUCAGCCCACGCGCAUCCUCCUGCGGGAGAAGGUCGACAUCGAUAACAAACCCCUGCAGGAGCAGCUCCCUCCCAAGCAGAUUAAAGAAGAGCCGGUAGAGCAUGAUCUCAAAAGUGUCAAAAGUCCACCGGCUGUUACAACAACCACUAGCACGACAGGCAGCACCACUACUAGUACCGAUAACGGAGGCGGGGUUCCCAUUCAGGCCGCCGCCCCGCAGGGCAUGGUACAGACGUUGGUCGUACCUACCGUGGGUCUGGUCCAGCCGUUCAGCAUCAACAUAAGCGACCUACAGAACGUCCUGAAAGCCGCGAUGGAGGGCAGCAUGAUCAGGCAGGUCGUGGCCAACACAAAUGCUAGCGGAACAGGCGCCAAGGUCGUAAACCAAGUGCAGCCGGGGGGACAGGCGAUGGUCUUGCAGUCUUCACAGCCGCACGGGCAAGUCAUCUCUGCGAUAUCUUUACCCGUCUUGAAUCAGGACGGAAACGCCAAAUUCAUCAUCAAAUACAACGUCAACCCAAAAUCCAACACGCCAAACGCGGAGUCCGGAACGACCGAGCCUCAGACACAGACCCAAGCGGUGGAUCCAGCAGCAGUACAGGUCAACCCGCCGCCUCCUAAAGCGGUACAGGUUAGCGCCACACAACUCCCGAAGGCGCUACAGAUCAACACGGAACAACCAAACAUCACUCCAACCCAAACGCCAUCCACGCCCAUACCAGUAAACAUCCAGACAAAUGCCAACAAACCACCGUCCAUAAUCAAGGUGACGAAACUGGUCCCAUCGCAGGCGAAGCCGACGUUUCUGCUCCUGAGAAAUGCAGACGGGACGCAGAGCCUCGUGGUGAGACAGCUACCGACCGUGAACCCGACCAGCCAGGCGGCACAAGCCGUACCGAGAACCGCGGAGCCGAAUCCGACCCCAGACGAGCCCACGGCAGUGGCGGAACGGAGUUCACCCGCCGAGCCCAACCAUCCCGCGCAGGAGUCCGCUACCGCUCCGGAGAACGGGCAUCGACCCGAAGACCUGAGCUCCGAUCUUCUGCAGGAGAUCGAGAUCAAAACCGAGCCCAUGUCUCCACCCGAGAUGGGUUGCGAGGUGCAAACUGAAAUCGUGGAUAAUUUAGGAAUAAAAAGAGAGAAAGAGGAAGCAAGAACGGUUCACACCAGCAUCGCUUGUGGCGACGGCUUCCAUAACUACGCGACGUGUCUUUUCUGCGACAACAGCCCCAGCAACCUGGACAUCCUCAACUGUCUCCACAGCGAUGAGCAAGGGUGUGUCAGUUCUCUAUCCUCCCUGCUGAAGGAGGAAGACCCUGGGAGUGUGCAGAGUCUGUCGUUAAAGAGUCUCCUGCCUCUCCUCAAGGCAUACAGCAAAGAUUCACACCCCACCGAGGAGCAACUGUGUCGAAUCGCAGAGUCGGUGGGUCUGCCUUCGGAUGUGGUCGGCAGGUGGUUUGAAAAGAUGCGCUCCAAGAAGAUCUCGCUCAGACUGGCUGGGAAUGGCAAAAACGGGCAACCGAUAAUCUCAAACUCUCAACCUGAUCCCAGAAUCGACACUCAGACCUCCGACACUCCAACCGAAUCCCAAGAUGAGGCAUCAGAACACAGUAACCCUUCCUCACCUCUCAACCUCACCACCAACGAUCUGGUCAUCGUCAAGACCGAGGAACCGGAGGAGGACGCACAAGCCGAGCCUCUGGACCUCUCGCUCCCGAAGACGUGCGACAGCAAUGCCUCGGUCGCUACCACGCCCGCCGCCGUCUCCGCCCAAGAAGAGCCGCUCAAUCUCACCUGCUUCAAAAAAGACAUGCUCCAGGGGAACACCAUUUACGUGGCGCAGUCUGCCACGGGUCCGAUCAACAUCAUCGCCACACCUUUGCCGACGCUGGUUGCCAUAGCGGAGUCCGGAGGCGUUCCCUGUCUUAGGGCCGCUAUCUCCACCAAACACCGCACGAUUCUCAUCCCUCAGCUGUCCUACACCUACGUCACACCUUCCAUCAACAAGGUGAACACCGCCACCUCUGUGAACAGCAUCGCCACACUAACUCCUACAGAAACACAGGGAACGGCUGUACUUAACGGCUGCCAGGAGAAGGCUGAUGCUGGAGCUGAAUCUGUAUCUGAGUGGGAGGGGCUUAACAACAGCAAUCUGUCACCUAACAGGAAGCGGAGGAGGAUGCAGAGCGGCCAGUACGCCUGCGAUCUGUGUGAUAAAAUCUUCCAGAAGAGCAGUUCUUUGCUACGUCACAAAUACGAACACACAGGCAAGCGUCCCUACGAGUGCGGCGUCUGCAAGAAGGCAUUUAAACACAAGCACCACCUGAUCGAGCACUCGCGCCUCCACUCCGGGGAGAAACCCUACCAGUGCGACAAAUGCGGGAAGCGCUUCUCGCACUCCGGCUCGUACUCGCAGCACAUGAACCAUCGCUACUCUUACUGCAAGAAAGAGGGUCAGGACCAGCCGGAGCCCAACAGCGCUACGUUCACGCCCCCGUUACAGCUCGACUCGGACGAGAGAGAGAGCGAGGACGAGGAAGGGGACGAGCAAGCCGGGGAGAGAGACGGCGAGGACGACGCGGAGUUCGCCGACCUGGAUAUGAGCGAGAUAAGAGUGGUCAGGAUCGGCGAGGAAUACGACGACGACGAUGAUGACGAGGAGGAGGAAGAACCGUCAACGAUGGAUGACGAGGGAACGGACAUACAAGUCGUCAAAGUCCACACCGUGGAUGAGGAAACGAUGGAAACCACGGAGACGGAGGAUAGCGUCGAAGCACAGGAGGAGACGAGAACGCUCAUGGAAAACGGUAAGGCUAGUGACCAGGAAUUAAACAAUGACCGAUAAAUCAAACCCAACAACAAAGGAAGGGUUUCCUCUCCAGCCAAGUGUCCCCGCUCGAGGACGGUGGGUCAUUCUUGAAACUGUGUCUCAGUUAAUUCCUAAUUGACUGUGUAUUAACCCAGGUGUGCCUGAUCCACAGUGUUUUCUUUGUGAAGGAAGCUUCAAACAAGCUACAUCAAAUGAAUAGAAGCUAUUUAACGUUUACUGAGCAGAUUCAGUCCAACAGUGUUACAGAACCACAACCGCCAGGUAUGUUCGUCAGUGUUACUAAGGAUUUCCUUUGACUCGCUGUACCGUACAUGUACAGAUGCGAGAGAUGAGAUUUCUACACUUUUAU